GGGACAUCAGCACAUGGGGACAUCAGCAGAUGAAUCCAGCAGCCAGAAGCAUGGGGGAUGUUCUUCUCUGGAAUUUCCAGUUCUCAACCCCAGAUUCUGCAUAAAGAAACGAAACAAGCACAUCACCAGGUGUGGAGGUGCUGUGAGGACAAAUGUUGGGCAAUCGUACCAAAGGUCUGUCAUCCCCCCUGUCAUUUGCACAGAGGACGCUGGAGGAAGAGGAUGGCGGAGAGAAGGUGAAGGAUCCUCAUUGCUUCAAGUGUCUGGGGACAUCCUAUUGUCACAGCUUCCCCAGUUCAGCUCAUCUGUUGUAUUUGGUGGCACUGAAUUUGGACAUGAAGAUCUUUUCUUUUUUCUUUGCUGUUCUCCUCUUAAUGCUCCAGGGCACUUCAGGUUUCCUGCGUGCCCCCAGCACCGAGGUGCAGUGCAGACAGGCUGGGGGUGUCUGUUCCAGCCCCCGCUGCCCCUCGCCCCACACGAGACCCUUUGGAAGCUGCCAGCAGGGAAUUCCCUGCUGCAGGACCGUGUAUGAUUAGCGACCACUGAUAUCAGAGGUGGGCUAACCAAAGCUUCUGGCAACUUAACGGAUGUAUCAUCUCACUGGAAAAUCUGGAAUUCUGAGCAGAAAAUAUUCAUUUGACACAUGCAGGCACAUGCCACAAUGUGAACAACAGAAAGAGAACAAACCCCUCCACAAGCAGCCUUAAUGACCCAAAGAAACUCCAAAGCAAUUCUUAAAAAAAAUAAAUAUUUUUCAUUUAAAAAAUGUUUUGUUGCUGAAAUGUCAUUGUGCCAACCAACAUCUGUCCCAGAGAGGUCACCAGCAUGCAGGGGUCUGUGCCUGUGAGAGGAUGCAAAGUUCUUCCUUUGGCCCUCAGAACAGUUAUUAUUUUAAAUUUUUAUUAUUAUUAUUUUAU